CCGAAAGCGAGACGGAGGAGUCAUUUGGUGAUGAUCCAGAGAGUGUCGUAGAAACGGGCGCAUGGGAUAAACCCGCAGGUCCUCCGAGAUUUCAACUCAACCCCAAAAACGCAAGAGAUCUCAAUGCUGAGUGCAAGGUUCCCGUUAGAUCCAUACUCGAUGACCCGCAUGAAGAGUGGGAAAAGGAACAUGACUUCGUUGACACUCUGGUUAAGCUUGUUUCCGAAUGUUUUAAGUUCAAGAAUGAAAUGUUCCUCGGCGGCCUAACUUUUGCUGAUAUUGAGCGUCUAAGGGGGGGGUAAACAGACGGUUUCAACAGAAGAGGAAUCUCCUGCCCCUUCUUCCAACAUUUCUAUUGCUAACCUUGUAGCUGCUCAAAUAACAUCUGAGAUUGGUGGUUUGGAAUCACGUAUUGUGAAGGCAAUUGAACUUGAAGUUGCUGAAACAAUCCGUGUUUCAGGUCUUGCUAGUAAAGUGAGUUCUUUCGAGUCCGCUGCUUCCAGUCUUCAGGGUAUCGACGGUAGGCUGAAUAUGACUAUUACCAGUUCCUUGAAGGCAAUUGAGGAAACAGUAAUGAAAGCCGUUUCUGAAAGCUACAACAAGAUGAUAUCAAUUGUACUUGGUGGUCAGCAAAACACGUUUGUCGUCCCAGGCGGUGUGCAAAACUCGGAGUCCCAUCACCCGGCUCCUUCUAAACCGACCAAUAAUAUUGGAGGCGCUGAUCAUGCAUACACCACUGAUGGAGCUGCAGAUGCUGUUAGAAAGGUCAUCGCAGAUUUGGACGAAGUAACUGCUGCUGCAGAGGGCUUAGGCAUUGAACCAAUCACUGAACUCCAUCACAAUGAAUCUGCUUCACAAGGGGAUAUUGACCAAUCUACCAGUUCCGUUGACCCACUUAUCAACAUAACUGAGCAUCGGGACGUUGAAGAAUCGGACUCUGAAGAGCUUCCAUCAUCUGAUAACCUUGUACCAUCAGCGGUUGAAUGCCCGUCUUUCUCCAUUGGUCUCACGCAAGAUGGAACCUCUGAUAACGUUGUUCAUGCGCAGCCAAUCGAAUUUGUCCUUCCUCAAGAAUUAGAAGCUGCCAUUCCUGCUGAGACAAGGAAAAGCAAGAGACCAAAAACAGCACCGGCAGCUUACACCGACUUCAAAUGCGACCCCAAGAUUGUGGUCCAAUAUUCCCUUCUACCCGAGCUUGACACUCUCUUUGCAGAUGUGGAGAAGCGUGUCAUGGCGAUGGAGACGGUAAACCUAUCUGAACACAUCUCUGUUUCUGCUACUGAAUUCCUCGACAUAGCAUUCAGGAGACAGCAUAUGCCAACCAAGGUUAUGGAUGCUCUUAUGGGUUAUUUAUCUUCACAGCUCAAGUCAGGCGACAAUAAGGCAAAACUCAUGCGCAUGCACUCUAGGUUUGUCAAAACAUCUGUGAAGGAAAGGGCGAAGCUUAAGUUGUUUGACGAGGUUUUCUCUACUCCUACUGCGUCUACAGCCGAGAAGAUAUAUUUUCCAUUCAACAUAGACCAGACUCACUGGGUAGCUGUUUGCGUAGACAGGAAAAACUCUUCAAUACACGUCCUUGACUGCAACGUAUUGUUGAAGACCGACAGCAUGAUGAAGAAGGAACUCAACCCGAUAGCCAACAUGUUUCCUUACGUUGGUAAUAAAUCUCCGUCUGAUUCCAGCAACGCUACCUACAAGCCCUUCUCAGUGUCCAUGUCCAAAGGUAUCCCACAAUACGCUACUCCAAAUGAUUCUGCUGUUAUGGCUGUGCUACUGAUAGACUCUCACUCCUCCGCUGGCUUAGAUGGCUGCAAAGCUGUUACACAACGUCUCCUUCCUGGUGCCGCAAAACAAUUAGCUGUUAAGUUCUUUGAUUUCAUUUCUGGAACCGAUUAAAACCUAAUCGUCCCAGUUAAAUGCUACCUCCUUAUCCAAACUCCUCGCUGCUAUUUAGUUAUUUUUCUUUUUGUUUCGUUUCAUUAGACUAAUCAG